UGCCCGUAAGCAAUCUCCCAACUCAUCUCUGCUCUCAUCUUCUCUGUGGUCAUAGUUAACAUCGGCUAAUCCUCCGGUAGAGUUAGGUGGUACCGGAGCCUGCGUUCCCCGUUUUUAGGUAAAUGUGCAUUUUCUGACACAAGCCGGCGUCUUAGGACUACAACGGACACGAGGAUGGUCGUUAGGUACACGCGGAACCUCAUCCUUCGUGGAGUUUGUACCAUUUAUCUCUUUGCGUUCCUAAGCUUGUACACCCAAAUUCCAGGACUGUUCGGUGAAAAUGGAGUUUUACCAGCUAGAACGCAAUUGGACCUUACUUUACAAGCAGACUUAAUACAGAAAAUUAAACAAAAGCCUACCUUACUAUGGAUCGCACCUUACAUCGGCCUCAAUGUAGAGUACAUGAUGGAUAUAUUAUGUUUAACAGGAAUCUGUUUAUCUUUCAUGGGUUUCGUGUCUCAAACCUUUUGUACAGCACCAAUAUUUAUGAUAAUUUGGGAAUGCUAUUUUUCUCUGUGCCAAAUAGGACCGACGUUCAUGUGGAAUUUAUGGGACCAACUGCUAUCAGAGAUUGGAUUUUUAUGUGGCAUAAUGGCACCAGUUUUCUCAGCGGAACAAGCAAAAGUGCCAACACCCACAGAUGCUCUAUCUUUAUGGCCAGUUCGCUGGCUGCUCUUCCGAUUAAUCUUUUCAUCAGGUGUAUCGAAGCUUGUAACUGGCUGCCCACAGUGGUGGAGUCUCAAUGCUUUGACCAGUUAUUUUGAAUUGCAAUACAUCCCUGCACCCAUGGCAUGGUAUGCCCAUCACUUGCCGACAUGGAUCCUGCGAAUGAAUGCCGUAGUGUUGAAUGUUCUCGAGCUUGCUGUACCUUUCUUGUUUUUCUUUCCCAAUAGGAAAGUCAGAAUUACGGCGUUUUACCUGCAGGUUCUUCUCCUGUUGUACACCAUCGCCACAGGCAACUACGGUUUCUUUAACCUCUUGACGAUCUGUCUGUGCGUCUCCUUACUGGAUGACCAAUUUUUUCACAAGAAAACAUCUAAAGCGGCGAAUCCUGCUCUCGUGGACUUUGUCUCCACGGCGACGUGUAUCUUGGUGUAUGGUGGAAUUAUGUACGGAACUUGGGUGUGGUAUAAAUUACGAGUUUCAGAUAACCGGACGAUACAGGCUGAUAUCGGAUUUAAUCAAGGCCAGUUCAACUAUGCUUUAUAUCACGUGAUCUUCAUCGCUUUAUACAACGAAGCAUGGUCUUUCUGCUCCACUGCAACCAUCGCGGUAAUCAAUUCUUAUGCGAACUCCAAAGGGCUCAAAAAAAAAAUCAUGAACACCUUGACGUCGAUUUUCUACAGCGUCGUCGUGUGCAUCGCUUUUGCGAUUAGCGUUGUAUCUCUUAUCAAUCUGCACCCUUCACACAAUACAACGUCGGAAUUUCCACUUGUACAGCUAAAGCAAAUGUACACCAAUAUCGAACGUAUCCACAUAUUUAAUAACUAUGGCUCUUCUUAUUGCCCUUCGAGAGGCAACGAAAGGCCAGAGGUGAUUAUCGAAGGCAGUAAUAACAUCGGAGGACCUUGGUACGAAUACCACUUCCUGUACAAGCCGGGGAAUGUUAACAACUCCUUAACUUUUGUUGCACCUCAUCAUCCUCGCUUGGACUGGCAGAUGGGAUCUGCCGCACAGGGAACUUAUCACCAGAACCCAUGGUUAAUGUCUUUGGCUUAUCGGCUACUAACUGGACAGCCAGAAGUCUUGGCAUUAAUCGACCAAGCACACAAUCCAUUUAGUAAGGAACCACCUAAGUACGUCAGAGCAAACCGUUACCACUAUCGCUUCUCAUCGUGGAGCAGCGGCUCGGACCGAGCUUGGUGGACUAGGGAAAAAGUCGGCGAGUACUUCCCCAUCUUCAGCCGCGAUCAUACUCCGUUGUUGGAGUACUUAACUAAGAUGAAGAUCCUGACCGACAAGCCCGUGCCGGAGGUGAACGAAUCGUUUAAGUUUAUCCUGGAUAGUCUCAGGGCUGUGACGGCGAGAUUCGAAGUCAACCUGCUCCUGUGGGGCGUCAUCACUGCGGGCUGCGCGAUUAUUAUCACCGUCCACGAUGGAGUGGAAACCAGCAGAUUCGAAUCUGGGCUGCUUCGGUGGGUGAUCCUUGUGGCCGGAUGCGCGAUCGUAGUUACUGCCUUUAGGGGUGCUAACUUCGGCACUAUUUUUAACGGGAUAAAGUAAUUCAAAGGAAAUCCGGGAGAGGUAGAGAGAAGUCUUAUAGAGAAUUGAUCUAAAGGACACGUGGCCCCGAGGAUGUCUCGCUCGUUUAUAGGGGCCGGUGCCUUUUUCAAGAUGGUCGAGGAGCGGUUUCGGCCUUUAUUCUUCAAGGAUACUUUUUCCCUGACGACUGAGAUGAACGGUCAUCUUGGGAACUUAAUUCCGAAAAGGGAAAUCGGCCCAUUGGGCUUUUCUGAUUAGUCCAGUGCACCGGAGAUUUCGCAUUUUCGAAACUUUCUUGACAUUUCCUUUUUUAUAACCAUUUUUUGUUUGUUUAAAGAACUUUGUGAUUUCUCGUAAUGAAAAUGUUACCAUGGAAACUAAGACGACUGUGUGUACAGGAGACACGCGUUUUUUAGGCGGUCUCCGCGUUACUAUUUCGUACUCAUUUUUCUAAUAAUCACCUAAUUUCUUCUAAACGAGGAACUAUUUAAGUUCAUAUGUAAAUCAUAAUUGUUUGUAUAAUUCAUGUUUUUUUUAGUUCUUUUGUCGUUUGGAUUUAACAAUGUAAUAUAUUUUUAGCGAUUUUCUACUCUCUUUUCUGCCGGCACAAGUGUAUCAUUUCUCUCGUUUCAAGGCACAACUGUUUUCUCUGGCAAUUCAAGGAACUUUUUUCUAUUUCUCUCUCCUUUUUCUUUUUAUAUUUAUGCAACAAUGGCAUUCACGCAAUUGUUCGUGGAAGGACUACUCAAUCAUGCAAUCAAUUCUAAGGGGAAAUAAUCAAGUUGUAAAUCAGUUUAUAGGAAUUAUAUUUAUGAUCAACAUUUACUUAAGUCUGUGUGAGUUUCUGAGUAAUGAGAAUGUAGAGUCAAACGUCAGCGAAGUACAAAUGCAUUUCUGAAAAUGUUGACUGGAUAAAACGAGUGUAACUCUACUUCGCAGGAAGAGGGUAACGAUGAGGUCUUUGGAUGAAAUAACAUUUUAAAUAUCUUGCCAGCUUUAUUUUUUAUUUUCUUUUAGGCGUGUAUUAAAACAAUUUAAAUUACGUUUCAUUAUACGCGUUCCUGGAUUACUAUCUUUGAACUGCGAACGCAAUAAUAAAAUUGUUAAACGUAUUUGUACUUGGACAACGCACCAUUUUUAGGUAAGAUGAUUUUUAAAAAUUGUCACAAAUCAUGAACAACUGUAAUUGGUUAUUUUUAAACCGAGAAAAACAGUGAAAUAUCUAUUUCAUAUAAAUAUGUUAUUGUUUCUGGAAGAAUUGUUUUAAAACGCAAUAAAAUCUUAAAGUAACUUUUGGGA